UCUAUAGGCUACUUUAGAAAGAAAUUGUUAAAGUUGUGACAUUUCUUUGGACCUUAGCCCUGGAGUGGUGCGCCAUGCUCUCUCAUGCGGAUCUCCUGGAUGCUCGGCUCGGGAUGAAGGAUGCUGCAGAGCUGCUGGGGCAUCGAGACGCGACGAAGUGCCGUCUGGGCGGAGGGGUGGCGGACCAAGUCCACCAAGGAGACAUGGCCCCUGCCCCGGACAACGUGAAUGGGACCACCUUGCUGCCCGGGGAUGAAAUUACCUCGACUGGAUCCAACCCGCCCGGAAUGCAGGUUAACAGUAAGGACCCUGACAAACAGCAGUGCUCUACUGCCAACCAGCAAAAACAGAAACGCCAUCGAACGCGCUUCACCCCAGCACAGCUGAACGAGCUGGAACGAAGCUUCGCCAAGACCCAUUACCCAGACAUCUUUAUGCGUGAGGAGCUGGCACUGAGGAUCGGUCUCACGGAGUCCCGUGUGCAGGUGUGGUUCCAGAACCGUCGUGCCAAGUGGAAAAAACGUAAGAAAACAACCAAUGUGUUCCGCUCACCAAGCACUCUGUUGCCAACACAUGGCCUUCCUCAGUUUGCUGCUGCAGCCAUGGAGAACAGCCUGUGCUCCUUCCACGCAAACGAUUCACGCUGGGCCACUGGGAUGCCUGGGGUGUCCCAACUCCAGCUUCCCCCGGCGCUGGGUCGCCAGCAAGUGAUGGCCCAGUCUCUCUCCCAGUGCAGUCUUGGCAGUACACAGCACAACUCAAUGGGCCUCUCCAAUGGCCUGUCAUCCAAUGGUUCAGGUCUGCAGCCCCACCUCUACCAGCCCCCCUUUUCUGGGAUGUCUGCCUCCCUGUCUGGUCCCACAAAUGUGUCGGGCUCGCAACAGUUGUGUAGCUCCCCAGACAGUGACAUGUGGAGAGGGACAAGCAUUGCGUCACUGCGACGCAAAGCACUCGAGCACACAGUGUCCAUGAGUUUCACUUAACGACUUCUGAAGAGGAACACAUUUAUUUUGUGUUUGUUGCUCUACGCAAUCAAUGACCUAUGUGAAAACUACUCAGGAUGCAAAGUGCUGCAUGAGAAUGACAAGGACAUAGAAUGGCCAGACUGGAUUCAGUCGGUCUGUGUUUGUUCAGGCAUACACGUUAAGACCUGGAUGACUUUGGAUUGUGGUUUGGUAAAGUGGACUUGAAAUGGGCAUUUCUAUUACAGUUAAUUUUCAAAAACAUCUGUGAACUUUUCAUAAUAAUAUUGUAACUGUUUAGCCAACAAACAUUGCUUUUGUUCAUAAGUUGUGACUUAUGUCAGUGCAUUUAUUUGCUUUCAAAGUUGUUCUAAUUAACCUGUUUUAAGUAACAAAUAAAAGGUAGGAAUCAGAUUUUAAAAUGCUGUUCAAAUGGGUCUGAAGCAUGGGUCUGACACUUCCUCCAGCUCUUCCCACCGGGAGGAGACCCCGGGGAAGACC